UGAGUGCAGCAUUUUUCCGAGAAUGAAGUCUACUCCAGAUCGACUACAACGGCGAGCACGAGCGCGGUGAGAUUGACAUCAUCAGCAACAACGAGAAACAGAACGGCAUACUAAAUACUGCAUGCCACAACCAAAAGCCUCUUUCUACAUCAUAUGGCCAUGAUGACCUCGACAAAUGCAUUCGACCCACUCAGCAUCAAUCUUGCAAAACAAAAACGCGCACUCCGCGCUCUUCUGCCUCCCGAUUCCAUUCAUAUCCAUCAAAUAACAGAAGCGAACACAACAACUCAUGCUCUGCUCACACUAUCUCGCCUACUAGCUGUCCCAGCUCUUACUCUGACAAUCGCUGAUCUGUUCCGACCUAUCUUGAUUGAUUUGUGCGCCAGAUGGCUUCACGACGAUGACAAUAUCGAAGACAAGUUCAUCGCGUUUUGUCUCCUCAUCGAGUUCCAUGAGGAGCUAUAUCCAUGCUUAUACGCUUUCCUCCAAAAACCAUGUCUAUCCAAGGGACCACUCGCUUUCAUAGCUGCGGCUCCUUCUAUCGCUGACAUUGGAAUCCCUCGUCUGCACCGCAUAUUGCUUGCAUAUUAUCGCCUUCUCCGCGCUAACCGCCUCCUCCCCAAGCACCUUCUAUGGGACGCGUCGCUAUUAUCCAAGUUACUUUUCCCUCCUCACCCUGAUGCAGGCGUACGAUUGUUUGCUGCUCGGUGCUAUGCAUCACAUGUCGGUAUGGCAGAACUUGAGCGCGAGAAGCUCAUCACCCAUGUCCUUGGCGAGUUAUGCGGUGUCGAUUGUCCAAUUAACUAUGGCCAGACUAUUGACGGGACUGUCGUUGAGACGGACGGCUGGCUUGUGCCUACAUUAGAGAUCAAGCGCAUUCAUGAUGCACGUGAUACAAUUCUCGAAAGUCCCGUCUUUUGCUCUCUUGAAGCGGAGGAUGUAUUACAGCCUCUCUCGGAGGCAGAUCUGAGUCCAUGGAUUGUGAACAUGCAUGGUUUAAUGAUGCUCAAGUCAUCUCCAACCAUACCUUCUCCUUCUAACAUCAUUGCAACGCCUUCCGCUAUCGCUGCUCUCCGUGAGAUUGCGGCGAACCUAUCCCUCCGCUUGCCUGUUCUCCUAUCUUCCCCACCUUCCUCAGGAAAAUCACUCCUCAUCUCCCAUCUCGCUUCCAACUUACACCCGACGACACCAGUCAACGAGCUCAUCGUCAUCGUUCACCUAGCCGACACUUCCCUUGACCCUCGGGCCCUUCUUGGCUCGUAUGUUUCCUCACCAACACUGCUUGGCACUUUUGAAUGGAAGGAUGGCGUGCUUGUGCGCGCACUGCGCGAGGGGCGCUGGCUCGUACUUUCUGACAUUGAUCGUGCUAGCAUGGAAGUUUUAGCUCUUUUGAAACCACUUGUGGAGAGUAUGGGGCUUGGAAAUUGGAUCGGACACCGCGCAGGUAUAGAGGUCCCCGGCAAGGGCCGUGUCGAGGCGCGGGAGGGUUUUGCGCUAUUUGCCACUCGAUCGCUUGCUGUUGGGCACGGAAAGAAGGUGCCUCCCCCAACAUUCUUUGGUUCACACAAAUGGCAUGAAGUCAUGGUGAGCGCACCAGACGCGGAAGAGGUCAGAUCUAUCAUAGAAAGCAGGUUUCCGAAGAUUUUGGGAGCUGCUGCCCCUCUCAUUAAGCUCUGGGCUGACGUGCAAGCACUCGGCUCAACGUCAUCUUCGCGUCCUGUUGGACUGCGUGAACUUCAGAAGUUCUGCCAGCGAGUCGAGCGCCUCCUGCCGUCCGGUUAUACAGUGGAUAUGGACAUGGAUAAUGAUACUCUGUUACCACUCUCAAACGUUUUCCCAAAUCCAAGUCUUCGUGAAGAAAUAUUCCUCGAGGCCCGCGAUGUCUUUUUCGGUGCAGGCACUCUCACCGCGUCUGCGCGUGCACACUCUGCGCAGGUUUCCUCCGUCAUUGGGGUGCACUUAGAUCUGGAUGCAGAGCGGCAGGAAUGGCUGCUUCUAAGGCAUACAUCAGAUUUCGAAAUCGAGAAAGAUGUGAACGGGGAUGUGCUCGCCGCACGCUGUGGGCGCACACGUCUUCCUGCUCGUCCCAUGAAGGGCAUGAGCACUGGUGCAUCCUCGAGACCAUUCGCCCUGCACAAGCCAGCUCUGUUGCUCCUCUCGCGCAUCAGCACUGCACUUGCGCUGUCCGAGCCCGUCCUGCUCACCGGUGAGACUGGUACGGGUAAGACGAGCGCAGUGACAUAUCUUGCAUCAUUACUGCGCCGCCCACUAAUUUCUCUGAAUCUCUCACACCAGACAGAAGCAUCGGAUCUCCUUGGGGGCUUUCGUCCUGUUGAUGCACGUGUCAGGGGGAGCGAGUUGAUGGAGCAUUGGAGUGAGCUAUUUGGAAAAACGUUUAGCCGCAAGCGAAAUGCGGGCUUUGAGGACGGUUUGAGGAAAGCUGUGAGGGAAGGGCGGUGGAAAAGGGCUGUUGGUAUGUGGAAGGAGAGCGGGAAGAUGGCAAGGGAGAGAAUUCGAGGCAAGGUUGAAGGAGUCAUAGGGGAGAACGACCCCGACGCGCCGAGGAAACGAAGGAAAGUCGAAGCCGAGAUGAAGUUUUCCGAAGCAGACUGGGAACGGUUUGAGAAGGAUGUGGUCGAAUUCGAUCUGCAACACGCACAAGGGAAAGGCAAAUUCACGUUUGAUUUUGUGGAGGGCCCACUCGUGAAGGCUCUGCGUGCUGGUGACUGGAUUCUCCUGGACGAGAUCAACCUGGCAAGUCCCGAGACACUAGAGUGUAUUACAGGCCUCCUGCGCGGUCCAACAGCCUCAAUCACGCUUACUGAGCAAGGCUCCCUGUCUGCUGUUCCGCGGCAUCCUGACUUCCGUCUCUUUGCAUGCAUGAACCCCGCUACUGACGUCGGCAAGAAAGACCUCCCGCCCACCAUCCGUGCACGCUUCACAGAAAUUGAUGUCCCACCCCCCGAUGCAGAUCGCGAGACUCUCCUCAGCAUUGUCUCACAGUAUAUCGGGUCAAAUGCGGUUGGCGAUAAGGGUGCUGUGAUGGACAUUGCGGAGUUCUAUAUUUCUGCCAAGGGUGCAGAGCUCGCAGAUGGUUCGAACAAGAAGCCUCAUUACAGCAUGCGCACGCUGGCGAGAGCCUUGACGUUUGCUGCAGAUAUCGCAGGGAUGUUCGGGCUGCGACGAGCACUUUGGGAAGGAAUGCUGAUGGCAUUCACUAUGGUGUUGGACGGGACAAGCGCGGAAACAGUGACAGCCCUUGCACAGAAGCAUAUCCUUGCUGGUGUUCGCAAUCCCCGAUCAUUGCUCGCCAGGGAACCGAAUCUUCCUCAUGGGCAGUCAAUAGAAGAAUUCAUCAAGUUUGGACCAUUUCAUCUAGAGAAGGGACCGCUCCCCGAGGACCCCAUGGAGGAAUAUAUCAUGACGCCAUCAGUUGAGAAGAAGCUCAUCGACCUCGCAAGAAUCGUCUUGACUCGCCGCUUUCCCGUGCUGAUUGAGGGGCCCACCUCCGCAGGCAAGACGAGUGCGGUGGAAUACCUCGCUCGCAGAACUGGCCACCGCUUUAUCCGUAUCAACAAUCAUGAGCACACUGACGUGCAGGAAUACCUCGGCUCAUACGUUUCUGAUCCUGCCACUGGCAAGCUCGUGUUCAAAGACGGCUUGCUCGUCCAUGCUCUCCGAUAUGGACAUUGGAUUGUACUGGACGAGCUGAACCUGGCACCUACGGACGUGUUGGAAGCUCUCAAUCGGCUGCUCGAUGACAACCGGGAGCUCGUCGUCCCGGAGACACAAGAGGUCGUUCGCCCACAUCCACACUUUAUGCUGUUCGCAACGCAGAAUCCCCCUGGCCUAUAUGCAGGGAGGAAGGUUUUGUCCCGUGCCUUCCGAAACCGUUUCCUCGAGGUUCACUUCCAAGAUGUGCCCCAAGCUGAGCUUGAAACUAUUCUCUGCCAGCGUUGCCGUAUCGCACCUUCUUAUGGCCAGAAAAUCGUCAGUGUGUUCCGUGAAUUGCAGAAACGUCGUCAGUCGGGUCGUGUGUUCGAGAGCAAGCAAGGCUUUGCUACUCUUCGUGAUCUCUUUAGGUGGGCCGGUCGUGAUGCGGUGGGUUAUCAAGAGUUGGCGGAGAAUGGGUACAUGCUACUUGCGGAACGUGCACGACGCGAGGAUGACAAAAUCGUGGUGAAGGAGGUCAUAGAAUCCAUCAUGAAGGUUCGCAUUGACGAGCGGGCGAUCUACGACAUUCAUUCCACAAUGGAGGAUGUACAGAGCUUUUUAGGAUGCCCCAUACCGCUAGACUCGCAGGUCGUCUGGACUAGUGCGAUGCAGCGGCUCUUCGUCCUAGUGUCACGUGCUCUGCGGUUCAACGAGCCUGUGCUUUUGGUGGGAGAGACAGGUUCCGGGAAGACAUCUGUCUGUCAGCUCUUCGCGGAGGUCAUCUCCAAGCAUUUGUAUACACUGAGCUGCCACCAAAACACAGAGACCGCAGACCUUAUCGGUGGCUUGCGACCUGUACGCAACCGUGCCUCAUCCGAGGCCAAUAUCAUCCGUGAUGCUAAUACCAUCCUUGAGCGCGCGGGCAUUGACGACGUGCCUUCUGAUUCUCAACAAUUGUUGUCCCGCAUUGAUACGCUCCUCAAGUCUAGCAAGGAUUUGGACCCGUCGCUUCUGAUUCCCUUACGCGACAUUCAGGAGAACCUCAAUCGGAUCUGCUGCUUGUUUGAAUGGCAUGAUGGACCAUUAGUCCGCGCAAUGCGCGGAGGAGACGUUUUCCUUCUCGACGAAAUCUCCCUUGCCGACGAUUCUGUUCUAGAACGUCUGAACAGCGUCCUGGAACCUGGUCGUACGAUCGUGCUUGCAGAACGUGGCGGGAUUGAUGGUGAUUAUCCCGCCAUCCAUGCUUCCAGCGAGUUCAAGUUGCUUGCUACCAUGAAUCCGGGUGGUGAUUAUGGCAAGAAAGAACUUUCUCCUGCUCUACGAAACCGUUUCACGGAGAUUUGGGUACCAGCCGUAACCAAUCAGGCGGAUUUGCGGUUGAUUAUCGACCACUCGUGGAAGCACAACUCCGUGAAGCCGUUCACGGAUCCGCUCCUGCAGUUUACUAACUGGCUUCGGGAUAGAGUUUGCGACCCUGCUAUUUGCUCCCUGCGAGAUAUAUUGGCUUGGGUAACAUUCGUUAAUGCCGCGUGUUCCGGCAGUGCAGAAACUUCCAUGUUACCGGCAGAAAUAUUCCAUCAUGCAGCCCACAUGACUUUCCUCGACGGUCUUGGAUCCUUGCCACAGCUAGCUUCUUAUUCAUCUGACGCACUAAGUCAACUGAGGAAUGAUGCCCUGGAAAAGCUGCAGACGCUCGUGCCGUUCAAGGAAGCCGAACAGUCGUACGCUUUUGACGCAUCGAACUUCGUGCAACUUGGGUCUUUUGCCAUCCCUAAAGGCCCGUUAGGAUCAGUACUGCAUAGCUUCAAUCUGCAGGCGCCGACUGCUCGUGAGAAUGCAAUGCGAGUGGUCAGGGCAUGCCAGGUCUCCAAGCCGGUCCUUCUAGAAGGCAGUCCAGGCGUCGGAAAAACCAGUUUAAUCACCACUCUUGCGAUGCUUUCGGGAUAUCAGCUUUGUCGGAUCAACUUGUCCGACCAAACGGAUCUCAUGGAUCUCUUCGGUUCUGAUCUUCCUGUUGAGAAUGGCUCUCCUGGAGAAUUCGCUUGGAAAGACGCCGAGUUUUUAACUGCCAUGCAAGAAGGACAUUGGGUUCUCCUCGAUGAGAUGAAUCUCGCACCCCAAGCUAUCCUCGAGGGGCUCAAUGCCGUGCUGGACCACCGCGGUACUGUAUACAUUCCUGAGCUCGGCAGAUCCUUCGUUCGACACCCCGCUUUCCGUGUCUUCGCAGCGCAAAAUCCACUCCAACAGGGGGGAGGUCGCAAGGGACUUCCAAAGUCAUUUCUGGACCGGUUUACGAAGGUUUAUAUUGAGGAGCUUUCCCCCGAGGAUCUUCUUUUUGUUUGCCGAGAACGUUUCAGGGGUUGUGAUGAGGACAUGCUACGUGCCAUGAUCACAUACAACAGCCGCCUGAACCAGGAAGUUGUACACAGAAGGACCUUUGGUCGCGACGGCAGUCCUUGGGAAUUCAACCUUCGUGAUGUUCUCCGCUGGGGAGAGUUAUUGCAAUCAUCGCCCAUUUCCCAUCAUCCUCGAGAUUUCUUGCGAGUCAUCUACCUCAGCAGGUUCAGAACUCUCGCUGAUCGUAACUGCGCCCAACAAUUGUUCGACCAAACAUUUGCUCUACCUAGCCCGACUAUUCUUCACAAUCCGCAUCCUGUCAUAUCAUCGUCACACUUCCGUGUCGGGCACUACCUCGUAGAGAGACGUAAUAACACCCUUAAUGUUCGACCCAGGCGCCUACUUCAAGCUCACCUUGCUACUCUAGAAGCCAUUGGGGCAUGUCUCUCUAGGUCGUGGUUGGUCAUUGUUACAGGACGACACGACAGCGGUAAGUCAGAGCUCAUCCGUACUGUUGCUGAUCUUUCAGGGAAUAUCCUUCAUGAGAUAACCAUCACGAGUUCCACUGAUACCAUGGAUAUCCUUGGAGGUUUCGAACAAAUGGACCAUCGUACCCGGGUGCUUGCUCUCGUUCAAGACAUCAUCAGCUUUGGAGAAAGUCGUUCUAGAUGCCUGUCCAGCUGUGCCACUGAUCACCAGACUUUUCUUCCGCUUCUUCUCGGUUUGUAUUCAGCACCUCCAUCCUCCGACUCCCUUCUCCAUUCUGCAGCACAAGUACUAUCGGCCUUCGCUGUCGAAAAUUCUUCGGAUGAAGCACAGGACUUACUGCAUCGCGUUCGGCAAUUAUCGUCCGUGAUGACAUCAAGUGGCCAAUUUGAAUGGGUCGAUGGACCUCUCGUACGCGCAAUUAAGCGAGGCCAUUGGGUAGUUCUGGACGGCGCAAAUCUCUGUAAUCCUUCCGUCCUCGAUCGACUGAACUCUCUUUGUGAACCUGGUGGAGUUCUCGUUCUCAGCGAGAGAGGAUAUGUCAAUGGUGCGGUACAAGCGCUCAAACCGCAUCCCAAUUUUCGCAUGUUUAUGACAUCAGACCCUCGAUAUGGCGAGCUGUCGCGUGCGAUGCGAAAUCGAGGUAUUGAAGUGUCAUUGGCCGCUUCCUUCUCCUCAGAAGACGAACUUCGCCUCCGACUUCAUCGUCGACUUCCUAGGACUGUCUUAGGCACAGGUUCUUCUUUCGCCGUAACACACGAGCUUGCACGUAGAGGAAUUUUCUACACCACCCCCGGAGAAGGUAGCGACUCAUGGCCGUCUGGGUUAAUGGAAGAAGAGUCUUCUACGUCUUCGUUGAUCACUCUGGCACCAUUUCUUCGACCAUCCAAACCGGAUCUGCGCGCUAUGAUUAAUUUCACCCUAAGGACAAUCUCUUUGAAUGUCAUUCCUUCGUUGCGGCGCUAUAUGAAGCUGGCAAGGCCUUCGUGCAUAUCACAGUCUAUUUUGGAUGAUACCCUUUCUUCGGGGGCUUUCAAGCUCUUUGCUGAGUGGCGAAAAGAUCUCCUCGCUUCCCGAGUGACGAACGACGCUAUUACAGCUCUGCCAGUGGAUGCUUUCAUGGUUUGUUCGCCAUGCAAGUUCUGCAGUCAUGAAACCAGUCAUCAUCCAAUACACUUGAUGCUCCUUCAAACUUUGAACUUGAUCGCUGCAAUAUUCAUCGAUGACACCGAGCGGGCGGAGAUGCCGCAAGAACUGCACAGCAUAGGUGCGAGCAAGAUAAUUUUACCAACACGUCAGCAACAUCCGACAUAUUCACGACUGCUGGAUGCUAUUCGUGAAGUUCUGGGAGAGGUACGUAGAGCGGCUGAGGAGGUUUUCAACCAAAUCGUUGGAAGUUCUCAAGUUCAGCUGGUGGACCUUGAACUCGCACUCAAACUACUGAGUGUUUCCAGGCAACUCCGACGAUCAGGAGCGGGUACAUAUGUCGAUUACUCCUCGAUACAAGCAUGCUCUAGAUCAAUCAUCGCCGCGUUGCAAUCGCGGAGCCCGGCGUUUGAUCGCCUCGCAAGUAUUUCUGCUGUGUUAGAUGAGGCAGUUUCCCCCACCUCUGGACUAGGCUUGACAGAAAUGUGGACGCACUUGUUCGCACCAACGACCAUCGAAGUCUCAGUUCCAGAGAUCAGAAGUCUCGAGUAUGCCGCUGGGCAGCCAUAUGAAGGCUUAAACCAGCACGUCCGCCGCAAACAAAUUCUAGAAGUUUUAUCCCUUUGUACCCUUCCGCUCAUGAGUACAGUAUCCACUAGCUUAGAGAUGGAAUUGGCAAACACGGUGAAAGAAAAGGUUACGUCGAAAUUCCAUGGGGGCAAUGAUUCCUUCAAACGACAUGUCGAUCCUUCUCUCCUUAUCUGUGAAUUGCCCUGGUUGAGUAACAUUCGUGAGGCAUCGUCGUCGUCAUCAUCAUCAUCAUCGAUUGUUGCCUCUAUCAUGAAACGCUUGAUCGACGUGGCAUGCGAGGAACCACGGGAAGACCUCAUUCGCUUUGCAUCAUAUCAGCAUUUCAUAUGGGCAUAUGACGCAGGAGGGGGAGUUCCCACGCAUCUCUUGACUGCUUUGCAGACUCGAUGGCUCGCAAGUCUGUGGAAUUCAUGCUCAACACAGGUCGAAAUACUUGAUGGGCCGGAUGUCCUCCUUUGCCCAACUCUUCUUCGAGCCUCAAUAGAACUGAACAAAGCGCGGAGUGUUUCGCUAUCCUCCCUUGAAGGGCACGAAGGUGCUGUUCGCCGUCACCUACGGCUGCUCUCUAUGCAAUGUGUUGUACAUGAGCCGCGGGUACAACAAUUGUCGGCAUUCAUGUACCAAUGCAUGUUAUCCAUUGCAUCCUGCUUUGCUUCAUCCUUUGAUGAUAUCAGCUGGCAAGCCAUGCUUGGAUCUCCCGUCCACAGCAGUGCCUUUCCCAUGAAAAUGUUGUCUUUCCUCGAAAAUUCAAAGCACGAGCCCUUGAGAGCAGCUAUUCAGCUGUUUCUGCGCCCCACCAUUAUACGGUUCGCAGCUGACCGCCAGCCACAACACAUCAUGGUGGCCCGCUUGGGACAUUGCUACAUUUCCCUCAGCAGAGUGAUCCUUGACCUAUCAAUUCCUGAUCUUCCGGUAGACCCCGCAGCCGUGAUCCGUCGUUUAGCGGAGUAUUCUCAGGAAGAGGCUGAUUUUUUGUCGACCCAGUCGUCUCUCCAUAGAGCGUGGGAACACCGAACCGCUGGCAAUCUAUUCAACAGCGUUACACAAUAUCUCGAUGCUUUAUCUGACGGAGAACACAAACAUGUGCCAUUGGGUUCUUCAAACCUUCCCCGACGUGCUGAUGGUAAUCGCAUUCACACAUUUUGGUCCGAGGUCUCGCAGCUUCAAAGUCAAGUCAUCCAAUCCAGCAAGGUCGAUGAUUUAACUGCCCUUCUCGAAACCGGUGAUCCUUCUGCUUUCGCACGCGAAUCCGUGAUGCAGGAAUCAAUAUCCGGUUUUUGUCAACGGAUGGACAAUCUUUACCGUGACUUUGAAGAUAUUGCAAAAAUUAUCCAACUGGCACUCCUCCUCCUCCGUCUCGGUAUCCGACUUGUUCGCUGUUCUGCACAGCAAAUGUCCCACGCACAGCAUACUCAACAGAACAUAGUUGCUGCUUCUUUGGUGACAUAUCCAUCUCUUCGCAGUGCGCAAUUGCUGCAGACGCAACUUGAACAAGGAGCUGCAUCUGGAGCAUCUCCCUCUGACCAGGUCCUUCUCCAUGUAUCAGCCAUAGGUCUGCAAGCUACCAUGUCGGGUCUCGCUCCCCAUGCUGCUGCUGUCCAUGCGGCAUAUGAACAGGCUUUCAGGCUUUGGACUAUGGACCGCACUCGCCAAAGUGAGAAGGAACAUGAUGACACGUCGCUAUACAAACGUAGUGCCCUUGAUCACGAUGCCUCCACGGAAGUUGAAGCGGAACAAAAAGAGUUUUUGGAGCUGUUCCCGACAUUUGAGGAUGCACUUGCUAGUCCUGACGGUAUUCCCAACAGGAUUCAAGAGAAGCCCGCUGAGUUUUUUGGUGUUUCUGCAGCCGAAGCGCUGCUGGGGAUGCACUUUGGACUCACUGGAGUUGCUUGUAUCGGCAUCAGUGUUGGAGGUCCCAGUACGAGGUUUCAAUCAUCUCGUCGGUCGGUUUUGAAGACGCUCCUCGACAAUCGAUAUCCCACACUUCCAGACACCCUUGAUGACGAAUCUUUGCACGAACAGCUUUCUUUGGUUCACGAUCAUCUUCUCGCGCUGAAGUCCCAGGAGCGCCCUGCCGACCAGCUGUUCAACUUCUACACUGACGCGAACAUUAAAGAGGCAAAGAAGGCCCUCAUAGCGGUGAACUCCCUUAGAAUGCGAUUGAUCGCGCUCGUUGAAGACUGGCCGGAUCAGAUGGUUUUACAGCACCUGAAAGACCGCUGCGAUGCAUACUUGGCCCUGGACAUAAAUAGUCCCAUUGCCAAAUUGUUGUCCGGCCUGGAGCAAAUUAUACAACAGACCGACGAGUGGGAAAUGUACGCACACCGCGGAAAUAGCCUCAGGGCAUAUCAGCAAGAGUUGACAAUGCUCAUCGUAGAAUGGAGACGCUUGGAGCUGUCGUGCUGGAAAGUGCUAUUACAAUCUCAGUUCGACUCGUUCGUCAAAGGAGUUUCGGAAUUUUGGUUCCGGCUAUAUGAUCUCACAGUGCGCGGCACGCUUGGUGCUGCUAACGAGGAUGAAGACGCUGGUACUGGAGCUCUCCAACAUUAUCUCAGGCAACUGCCAUCGCUCCUUGAUGACUUCAUGCAAUCCAGCUCCCUAGGUCAAUUCCAGGUCAGGUUGGAUCUCCUCGAGACUUUCGGGGUCAUCGUCAGUCAUAUCUCGUCUACGUUGGACGGAUGGCAGCGCAAUGCCCUCCAACGCGUCGGACGUGUCUUGACGUCUACUCGGAGAUACUACAGAUUAUUCGCAGUCCAGCUAGCCGGGUCUCUGGCAGACCAAAGAGGAGGACUUGAGAAAGAUGUUCAGGCAUUCAUAAAGCUUGCCAGCUGGAAAGACAUCAAUGUUCAUGCCCUGAAGCAAAGUGCUCAGCGAACGCAUCAUCAACUCUACAAGCUGAUCCGCAAAUUCCGGGAGAUCUUGCGUCAGCCCAUUACUGGGCGCAUGUUGCCGACAUUCGCUGGUGAUGCAGAAUGUGCUCAAUCAAUAGAUGCACUGGGUUACUCGGGAGAUCUGCUCUCUAUAGCAUGCACUCUGGAGCGCGGUGAAUGUCCGCAACCAAACGAAACCCAUUCCACUCCUUCUCAUCUGGCCAAUUUAAACCAGACACUCGCGAGAUUCCGCGGGCUUGUGAACAAUCGUAUUCGGGCUUUCCUACGCCGACGUCUCCCUCAUCAUGUCGACCAACUUGCGGUCGAAAUCAUCCUUACCGCACGAGACCUAUCAGCUGAAGGUGUGCCCCCAGGUCUUUCCAAGGAGAAACGAGAAAAAUACGUGAAGGGUCUGCUGGUUCGCAAGAAGAAGGCUUUGAGCGAUCUCUUGAAGGAGCUCAAACGUGCUGGUCUUGCUGCCAAUGUCAAACCAGAAGUGCUCGCCGAGCUCAGAGAUGAAUGCUGGAUACGAGAGCAACCCUCAAUGCCUCCAGAAAGCUCAAUACAUGUCGAGAAGGGGGAGUAUUACUUCGACCGCCUUCGUGGUGCACUUCCGGCAGUCAGAGUCUUGCUUUCCGAUCAUCACUCGGACAUAAGCACGCGCGAUCUGCUUCGGGGUGUUACCUUUGUGGAGUCGGGUUAUUCAUUAGCUCUCAAGGGGAGGUCUUCGCUUUCAAAGGCUUUCCAGUGUUUUGUUGACAUCAAACGGUGCGCGGAGCGCCUCCAGACCCUCGUCGAAGCACCUCUACUUGUCACCAAAGGAUUCUCGCCCACUCAUCUGAUGCAUCUAUGUCAAACACUCGGCAACGCCGUGCAUGCUUUCGAAGAACUUCUCCAAGGAAUUCGCCUCUUCGUCGAGAUUCAGGAGGACCAGGGCGCCGCACCCUCAGUUAUGGUUGAGGUCCAAUCAGUUUGUGUCAAGACACGACUUCUUUAUGACCGUGUUUCGGAGGUUUUCCGGGGAAGCCAGUGCACAAUGCUCAUGGUGCUGCCUGGUGUUGAAUACGCCACUGUUCAAGAAGCUGAUGAACAUCUCCGUGCCCUUCCCGACUACCUUCAAAAGAUGAAAACGACGGAACCGCGACUCAGCUACAUCUUGUCUCCUAUGGAGCACUGGCUGCGUGAUCAACAUGCUUCUACAGACGCCGAGGCAGCAUCCGGAACUGUAGAGCCACUGGGUGCGGAUGCUAUUAUCGAGACGCUUUUGGUCACAGUGCAGUCCCUCUUGAAAAGAUGUCCGGAAGGGUCUACCGACGAGCAUCCUGAUGAUGAACCCCAGGAUAACUUCAUCAGCGAGGACUCGCGCACAGUUUCAGGGUUUACUCAGGCCUUCGACCUUGAAGUGCUCUUGGAACGGUUGAAUGUCAUGACGACCCAUCUUUCCUCCCUUCCACAGUCCGACAUCCAGGCAAGCCUUCGGCGCCUACUCCCCUUCCUCCAGUUCUACAUUGCUUUCGUGGGAGAACACCUCAUGGUGCACAGUCAGUGGACAAAGGCCCUCUUCAAGCUUGACUUCAUCGUCUGCUCUGUUAUGCAUACCAUCGCUAGGCAAGGCUUUUGUUUACCCCAAGAGGCGACUGAUUCGGGUGACGGCGAAGGAGGCACAGAGACCGCCGGAGGAGUGGGCCUGGGCGAGGGAAUGGGAACGGAGAACGUGAGCAAGGAGAUCGAGGAUGAAAGUCAGGUUGAAGGCUUGAAAGGGGACGAAGGCGAAGCCCCAGAUGAGCAGGAACACGGAGCUGAUGAUAACACCAUUGAGAUGAGCGAGGAUAUUGGUGGGGAGAUGGAAGAUGUGCCAGAUGACGGAGAUCAGGACGGAGAUCAGGAAGAGGAUGAUGAUGAUGAGCAGGAGGGGCCGGAUGAGCAGCUGGGGAAGCUUGAUGCAGGUGAUCCGGAUGCGGUCGAUGAAAAGCUGUGGGGCGACGAAUCAGCGGAAUCAGAUCCUGCGGAUCAGGAUCAAGUCCCCCAAGAUCGCUCAGAAAUGCAGGAGAAGGAGUCAGAGGUCGUAGCCAAGGAGCGCAACCAAUCAAAGAAAGAGGGUGGGAAGGAGAAAGAAGAAAAGAAAGAUGGAACGAUGGAUGAACAAAGUGGGGAGGUCGAAGAAGAAGGCGAUGAAAAUGAGGGCGAAGCACCUGAUGAAGACUUGGAGGCCCCAAAUGCGAAUGGUGCGCCCAUGGACGAGCACAUUCCCGAUGCCAACACUCUGGAUCUGCCCGAUGACAUGAAUCUGGAGCCCGACGAACAGGGGGAUCAAGGAGGACUCGACAUGGGGGAUGAAAUGGACACGGAGCUGGACGAAGAUGAACAAGACGCCGAUGAGAUGGAGGAAACCGAUCAACCCGGAAAAGAUGAGUCCCCAGAAGAUGUACCAGAACCUCAAUCGCAAGAAAACCAGUUGCCGGAUCAGCCUCCCCAUGCUGCAGACGAUGCAGACAAUGUAGAGGAGGACGUCGAGGAAGGCGCUGUUGCUCGCCCAGAUGUCUCGCCCGGAAACGGAGACUCUGGGGACAAGGACAACGAACCACAGGCCAAUGAUAGUGCGCAACAAGGGCAGGCAGGCGACGCUUCUGGUGAAAUGAAGGACGACCCCGCAGCAGCUGAACAGAGCACAAACGAGACCUCUGAAGAAUCAAAAGAUGAUGCUGAACCCUCGCAGCCAUCGUCUUCCACUGACACUGCCACGAAACCAGGUACAUCGGCAGAGGGCACGCAGCAUGGUGGAGCCUAUGCUCGCCAACACACCGAACUCGCUACGAACCCUAUCCGCAACCUUGGUGAUGCCCUCAAAGAAGUACAACAGCGCUUCGAAGAGAUCCUGGGCGGUGGAGAGUCUUCCCCACCUGUCGCAGACCACGUUGCUGAGCAGGUGGAGUAUGCCGAUGCGGACGAGGAGAUGCAGGCUCUGGGCGCGGCAGGCGAGGAGCAGGUUGCGAAGCUGAGUGAGCUAAGGAUUGUUGAUGAGCAAACCGAGGCAGUUGCACUACCCAUGGACAUCGAUGCUCCCUGCCCGGAUGAGCUCGUACCACCACCACAGUCAUUGGCAUCAUUGCAUACAGAGCCGACCACGGAGGGUUCACGUCCAGACAUCGAAGGCGCUAUAACUCAGUUGGAAGCGCGCUCUGGUGCAAGGCCCGAACAUGUUUCCUCACGUCCUGAUCCUUCGUCUGCACAAGCGGAUGUCGACGAAGACAUGGAACAGCCCAGUCCAGAAAGCUCCUUUGAAAACAUAGAGGCGGCCCUCCGGACCUGGCAGGAUUCAGGCUAUACCUGUGAAGCCGCCGAGUCUCUUUGGCGGCUUUACACAUCCCUCACACACGACCUCUCUUACGCUCUUUGCGAACAACUGCGCCUUAUCCUUGCACCCACCCUGGCCACUCGUCUCAAAGGCGAUUACCGGACAGGCAAAAGGCUUAACAUGAAGAAGAUCAUUCCUUACAUCGCCUCUGACUACACCAAGGACAAGAUCUGGCUUCGGCGUACGCGCCCCAGCCAGCGCGAAUACCAGGUCCUUCUUGCGCUCGACGACAGCCGCAGCAUGGCAAGUUCCCGCAGCGUACAUCUCGCUUAUCAGACACUUGCCCUCGUGAGCAAUGCUAUGGGGAAACUUGAGGUCGGCGACAUCGCAAUUGCUAGGUUCGGCGAGGCCAUGGAGUUACUUCAUGGCUUCGAUGAAGGACCAUUUACGGAUGCUGCUGGUGCAAAGACGCUCGGCGCGUUCAGAUUCGAGCAACGUGCAACGAACGUUCUGGAUAUGGUUGAAACGAGCCUCGGGGUGCUAGAGAGUGCUCGGGAGAGAAGGGCCACCGGGUCGGCAAGUGCAGGUGAACUGUGGCAGCUCGAGAUCAUCAUAUCGGACGGUAUCUGUCAGGACCACGAGCGUUUGCGACAGGUGCUGAGACGGGCAGCAAGCCAACGCGUCAUGAUCGUGUUCAUCAUAAUUGACUCACUGCACUCGACCUCCACUUCUGGGCAAGGGCAAACAAAAGACACGCCCGCUGUACAGAACUCGAUCGUCUCGAUGAACCAAGUCGCCUACACGAUGGUCAACGGGCGCAUGGAGCUUCAGGUGGAGAGGUAUCUGGAUUCUUUCCCGUUCGAUUACUACGUGGUUUUACGAAGCGUUGAGGCGCUGCCUGAAGUACUGUCAGAUACGCUUAGACAGUUCUUCGAAAGGAUCUCGGAAGAGUAGAAUGUGUACAUUAUUUCCCCGACUCUGAGUUCUAGCACAGAGCGGCUGACUGCUAAAACAAAUAUUAUGCCAGAUGCCUUAGGGUUAGGGUUUCGAAAGGG